CCAGCUCGACUUAGCAGCAGGACGCUGGCCACAGGCGCUCCCUGCUCCCUUGGUCCAGCCAAGCACUCUGUUGCUGCUAUGGUCUCCACACCCGCCUGGUGCUCCAUCGCUCUGGCCCUGCUUUUGGCCCUGCAUGAAGGGAACGGCCAGGCAGCCGCUACUCUGGAGCAGCCAGCCCCGGCACCCAAGGGCCGCGGGCCCCACCUGCGUUUUCGCCGUUGCUCCUGCAACUCCUGGCUUGACAAGGAGUGUGUGUACUUCUGCCACCUGGACAUCAUCUGGGUGAACACUGCAGGACAGACAGCUCCCUACGGCCUGGGAAACCCGCCAAGGCGCCGGCGCCGCUCCCUGCCAAGGCGCUGUGAGUGCUCUACUGCCGGGGACUCUGCCUGUGCCACCUUCUGCCAUCAAAGACCCAGGUCUGAAACUGUGGUCACCCCAAGCAGCCAAGCUCCCGGGGCUGUGUUGAAGACUGGCAGGAAGUGGGCCACUGAGGGAGACCUCCUCCGAAAGCUGAGGGACAUUUCUGCCACCAAGCUCCGCCUUGCCAGGCUACAGCCAGAGGUGACAAGGGAGUCCAGUCCUGCACACUCUAGACGGAGGAAGAGAUAACCCUGUGAGCUAUGGACCGUUGAGAAGGAAGCUCACACGGAGCAGGAGGAAAUGGGCAGCUGAUGGGAGACCCUGUGCCUGUCUUCUGGACCAAGACUUCAGCCCCGGCUAGCCAGACCCAUCCGAUGGGCCCAGCACAAGCUCUGGCCUCCCUCACAGCAGCUCUCCGUCCUUACAGCGCCAGGGCCACCACCGCCAGGGCCACCCUUGGCACCUGAGCAGCAGUGCGGCCACUCAGUAUGGGCUGCUGGCUACAGUCCCGCUUGAAGGAGCUAUGUGAGGCCCAAUGAAUAUGCUGACUGUGUCCUGAGGAGUGUCCUGUUUGCUGGACUGUGAUCCAUGAGCAACCCCACGGCAGGACACAAUUACCUAAGCCAUACCUGGAGAGGACAGGGCAUCCUGAUGACCGACAUCCUGGCUGCCCCCCAUGGUCCUCUCUGGUUCCUCCACCCUAGAGGCCUUGCAAUCUUGUUGUCUUGGGAACUUUUGUGGGCAGGGCCUGCUCUGCUUCACUCAUCUGUAUAUAAGUUAUUUGCUCUAAGAACUUUGAAAUUCUUAUUUAUUUUAAUGUAUUUUUUUAGAAUCUCAGUUGUUUACUUAUGAACUCAUGUUUGUAAUAAAGGAUGGAAUGGUCUUCUAGGAUUUUUGUCUUGGCCAAGCAGAGGUGAGAGGUUCCUCCCAGGAGGGAUCACUCGGGAGCUAAUAGGACACAAGAAGAAGAGGAAAGUCCAACAACGUGGGUAGCUGGGACCCAGGUUCCCCCAUCCCUUGCUGGGUUUCUCCUCUCUGGACUUUUGCCUGUCGUGACUUAGAUAGCUGUCUGCAGCUAUGACAUCUGGACUCUAGGCCACAUAUUCACAGCAGACAAGAACACACGGCCAGGCCCUCUUCAAGUGCAUAUUUGGAAGAAACUGGAUCCAUGAGGGUGCAGAGACCAUCUUCAGCUCCAGGAAUCUUGUCCAGCCAGAGCCUGAUUGGGAAGCCACAGUUUAUCUGUCCUGUGACAAGUGGAACCAGAUGGAUACAUGUCUGUGUGCAACCUGGUGGGCAGUGAUGAGCACCAAAACCUAGUCUUAGCCAGGGCCUGGCCCUGACUCUCAUUCUGAAUCUCAGAAGGUCCAGGAAUGAAAUUUGACACUUCUCUGACUGAUGGAGGCCAGGACUGGAGCCAAGCAGCACCCUCUCUGGGCCAAGGGACAGCCUGUGGUCUGGAAUAUUCCUGCAGGCAGCAGCCUGGACACUUGGCCAGCUGAAUCUCCCACAAGCAAGCUGUGUCCUAUUCCCAUGGCUGGGAAUGGCUGGCUCAUGCUGGGAGUGGCAGGCUGUGACCUGAGCCAGCUGUCAGGAAAUAUUUAUGGAGCAGGCAAUAAUCAUUUACAUGCCUGCUAUAACCCUGCCUUCUUCACAAAGCCAACCCCAAUUUCCUUCUGGGAAAACAACACACUGGUACAUUUUCAGCUCCCACUGUACACUGGCACGCUUCAUAUUUUGUUUGGAUUGACCCAUUUUGCCUUCACAACAACACUGGGAUGCAGACUUCCACAGCUCGUGCUUUCCAGAUGAGGAAAUCCAUCGAUGCACAGAGAAGAGCGGAGACUUCCCUUAGAUGGCACAGGAUUGGGAUCCAGAAUCCAUUAUAUAUAUAGUGUAUAUGUAUGUAUAUAUAUAUUGUGUAUAUGUAUAGAUGUAUGUAAUAAAAUGUGUUGGUUGAA